GCGGUGGCCGAGACCCCGAGAGGGAAGCGGCGGCUCGAAGCAAGGUCGCGCCUCCGUUGGAAGCCUGGGCUGAGCACAGCAGCGGGGCUCUGCGGCGGCGUGAGCGGACGCCCUAGACCUCGCCUUCCUUCUUCGCUUCAGAUUAAUUAUUAAACAUGGGUGCAUUUUUGGAUAAACCCAAAACUGAGAAACAUAAUGCUCAUGGUGCUGGGAAUGGUUUACGUUAUGGCCUGAGCAGCAUGCAAGGAUGGAGAGUGGAAAUGGAAGACGCACACACAGCUGUUGUAGGUAUUCCUCACGGCUUGGAAGACUGGUCAUUUUUUGCAGUUUAUGAUGGUCAUGCUGGAUCCCGAGUGGCAAAUUACUGCUCAACACAUUUAUUAGAACACAUCACUAAUAAUGAAGACUUCAGGGCAGCUGCAAAAUCAGGAUCUGCUCAUGAGCCUUCAGUGGAAAAUGUCAAGAGUGGUAUCAGAACUGGCUUUUUGAAAAUUGAUGAAUUCAUGCGUAACUUUUCAGACCUCAGAAAUGGAAUGGACAGGAGUGGUUCAACUGCAGUGGGAGUUAUGAUUUCACCGAAGCAUGUCUACUUUAUCAACUGUGGUGAUUCACGUGCUGUUCUGUGUAGGAAUGGACAAGUCUGCUUUUCCACCCAGGAUCACAAGCCUUGCAAUCCAAGGGAGAAGGAGCGUAUCCAAAAUGCAGGAGGCAGCGUAAUGAUACAGCGUGUUAAUGGUUCAUUAGCAGUGUCUCGUGCUCUGGGGGACUAUGAUUACAAGUGUGUUGAUGGCAAGGGCCCAACAGAACAACUAGUUUCUCCAGAGCCUGAGGUUUAUGAACUUUUAAGAGCAGAAGAUGAUGAAUUUAUCGUUUUGGCUUGUGAUGGGAUCUGGGAUGUUAUGAGUAAUGAGGAGCUCUGUGAUUUUGUUAAAUCUAGGCUUGAGGUAUCUGAUGACCUGGAAAAUGUGUGCAAUUGGGUGGUGGACACUUGUUUACAUAAGGGAAGUCGUGAUAACAUGAGUAUUGUACUAGUUUGCUUUCCAAAUGCCCCCAAGGUCUCAGAUGAAGCAGUGAGAAAAGAUUCAGAGUUGGAUAAGCACUUGGAAUCACGGAUUGAAGAAAUUAUGGAGAAGUUUAGUGAGGAAGGAAUGCCUGAUCUUGCCCAUGUCAUGCGUGUCUUGUCUGCAGAAAAUAUCCCAAAUUUGCCUCCUGGGGGAGGUCUUGCUGGCAAGCGCAAUAUUAUUGAAGCUGUUUAUAGUAGGCUGAAUCCACAUAGAGAAAAUGAUGGGGCCUCCGAUGAUGCAGAGGAGAGUGGAUCACAGGGAAAAUUGGUGGAAGCUCUCAGGCAAAUGAGAAUUAAUCAUAGGGGAAACUACCGACAACUUCUGGAGGAGAUGCUGUCUAGUUACAGGCUAGCUAAAGUAGAGGGAGAAGAAAGCCCUGCUGAACCAGCUGCUGCAGCUACUUCCUCGAACAGUGAUGCUGGAAACCCAGUGACAAUGCAGGAAAGCCAUACUGAAUCAGGAAGUGAUCUUGCUGACUUAGACAGCUGUAAUGAAGAUGCAGGGACAAACUUGGGUGAUGAAAAAGUAUGACUUUAAUUUGUGGGGAUAUUUUUGUGAUCUUUGAUUUGAUGGUUUUUACUUAGGAAGUACAAUGUGUGCAUUUAUAUAACGAUUUUGUUAUUUGAAUCUUGGUAAACUAGUUUUAUUAAUAUUCAUAUAGCCUUGUUUUUUAAGAAGGCCUUUGCAUACACCUUUAUCAGAUAGGUUAAAAUUGGCUGUUUAUAUACUUUGAAUUUAAUAUUGUUAUUUCAUAUUGUAUGCCAGAAAUGAGGCUACCAAUUAUUAAAAUCAAUAGUUAAAUUCAUACUAGAUAGGUUUUAAGAUUACUGAUUAGCAAGAUUACAUUAUGUUAUGGAAAAACUUGUUAAUGUAGAAUUUUACUGCCUCACAGUAUUUUACAUAUUAGUAUACUCAUAGUAAUAAAUUUGUAUUAAAUUUGUGUUUUCUUUAGUAAUUUUAGUUCUUCAAAGAAUGGCAGAUGCUGGCCUGUAAUUUUUUUUUUCAAGGAUGAUAAUGUGUGUUUUUUGACUUGUUUAUAUUUUUACAUUUCUGUAGUUUUAUUUUUAGAUGUUCUAAGCUAUUUGGAUAUGUGGUUAAUUUUCCUUUCUCUGUAUUCUUUAUGAAAAAUAAUGUUUGAAAAAUCUGUGUAUUAUAAGUAUAGAAUUGAUUUGUAUAUUCUGUAUAGCCUAACUACACACAUACAUCAAAAUAUAUGUCAAUCAAGUGUUCAGAAUGAAAUUAUAAGUGUUUAAGUCCAAAUAAAGCAUGUGAUAUGGAAUAAUCUAUGCAUGUUGUACUUUUUUUUUAAUUUUUAUUUUACAACAGGUUUGGUAUAUUGGAAAAAUACCCAUUAGAAAUUCAUUUGUAUUUAUAUAAAAUUUAGAAAACUAUUGAUUUGGCUUUUUUCAUUAACUAAAAGGAAAAUAUUUUCGAGAAGUCUUGCCUAAAGAAAAUCUAGUCUGUUUCUUAUUCCCUUUUUAUGGUACACAAUAUUAAUCUUAGGGCAGAAUGGAUACACAUAGACAUGUCAGAAAAUUGCCAUGAUGAAGAUUGCAAGACUGUCGACUUUGCUAUAAGCCUUCAUCAGAUAUUAUUAAUUGCAAGAAUUACGGGGUAUUUUAAAUAGUGGCAGAUAUAUGAGUUUUGUUUUUGUUAAAAUUGAUUUUUAAAUACAGAUAACUUAGUCACGUGGGAAACUAUUUCUUAAAACAAUUAUUUUGUGAAUGUAGAUAAUUAACUUUGUUUCUAAAGUUGGUUAAGGUAUCAUAAGUUGAAACUUUGGAAUCAUCGGAGGUAGCUGAUGUUUUGAUCUAUUUUUCCAAUUCUGAAAUACAUUUAAGUGGUUUAAAAGGAAGGCAUUUGGUGGAGAGGGGAGAAAAAAACAACCAGUAACCUAUCUAUAUUGGAUAAGUCUUUAUGUAUACACACAAUGUACAAUACACACAUCUCUCUGUAAAAGUAUCUUUUCAAACAAAAGAAGGUAAUUUGUUCAUCUGAUUUUGUUUUCUUUUGAAAUUCAAUCCAACCUGGAAGUGGUAUA